AAAAAUGAAUAGUUUCCUUGUCUUUUGAGGGUUGAGUAUCCUAUGUACACUCUUAUUUUCUGAUAUAAGAUCUUUGCUUAUUAAAAUACAAAGAUGUUGGUUAAAGAAUUUUGUUGAAUAUUUACAACAUCAAGCAAAAUUAAUCUAAAUUUCAAAUUCAUUUUUCAAAAAAAUAAAAAUUUACAAAACACGUGUAAAAAUCGUUAACCUGAUUGUGAAACCUGCUAGCUUAGUUCGAACUCUGGACCAUCACGCGAGUAAGGUCUCUCUGAACAAGAGUCAAUAUGCAGGCGAGUGAUAGGUUUAACAUCAAUUCCCAACUCGAACAUCUUCAAGCUAAAUAUGUUGGAACUGGCCAUGCUGAUAUGAACAGAUUUGAAUGGGCGGUGAACAUUCAGCGUGAUAGCUAUGCAUCAUAUAUUGGGCAUUAUCCUUUACUUUCCUAUUUUUCAAUUGCUGAAAAUGAACCUAUUGGAAGACAACGCUACACUUUUAUGCAGAAAAUGCUAUUGCCUUGUGGUCUGCCACCCGAAAGAGAAGAAGACUAGAAUUAUAAUUGGGAUUGCCAAAGGAUCGUCGUUGGAGAAUUUAAGCUUUUGACUGUUUGUUGUACUUUAUAAUCUGAUUGAAGAAACACAUGUUGUGUUUGUUUAGAGAUUGUUCCAUCAUUUUUCUUCAGUUUGUAGUUGCUUAGGUUUGGCUGUUAUUAUUGGAUGGAGCUUUGAAAACUAGAUCACGAGAUUUGUAAAAAAGUUUGUAUUUUUUUUAAUGAAUUUUAGUGGAGUAAAGAUAGUUAUAAACUCGUCAAGACUAUUUGAAAACUCACCAAAAUCAGGAGGAAUGACC